CUCUGCUUACAGAGUAGUCCGACCGGUCCACUGUUUAACACAGAUGGACUCUUCCAGUGUUACAGGAUUUGCCGCAAUUUACCGGAGUUUUGAUACCUGGCUCUAUCUCAUUUGUGUCUGGGGAAUUUCGGAAAUAUUCCCCGCCCAAACACCAGUUACUUAAGGACUAUGCGCGGAUUAGCUUAAAUCCCUCAUAACAGCACGGCUCUGGCGGGUGAAUGUUCACCUAACCAGGGUCACCAUGGCGACGCAGACGAUACGAGACACGAACAAUUAUCUGGGCGGUGCACCGUGCCGCAGUGAAAACAUCGCCGAUCAACGUUUACUUUCUUCGUCCCCGCACGCCGCUGACGUGCUGGGAUUACCUUUUGACAGCCUAUCGGGACGGAUAAACUAUAAUACUGAGGGAUCAGGGCAGGCUCAGGGCUUCAUUUGGCACCAGGUGCUCACAGGUUGAUCACACCUGAUUUCCCCCACCUAACCUGCCCAGCAUGUCCAGUCUCCGGCCCGAUAUCUACACUCUAACAACUCUCCGGAAGCUGUCGGCAUCGUCCGUGCGGACUCACGCCUCCAGUACGCAGUCAUCUGGCCGCGGGGCCGCACCGACUGCAGACGGGCGCCGAACUCAGGUCAUCGUCGAAAACACGUACAGAACGGAGCCUGAUGCCAAAUUCCCCGUGCGGAAGGUUCGGGAGAUCAUCAAAGACGUGUUGGAGUCACGACUGGAAGAAGAGCGCUACAAACCUGAAGAAAGCAACGAACUAGCCAAGGAACUGACUGAGGUGAUAAAGGAGCGAGUGAAGGCCUUGCGGGUGCCCAGGUACAAGCUGGUGUGUUUUGUCCAGCUGGGCACAGGGAAGAAGUCCGAGGUACAAGUCUCGAGCCAGUGUAUCUGGAACCCAGACAUAGACACUUACGCGGACUUCACCUUCAGAAACCACCACAUGUUUGCGGUAGGGAUAGUCUGGGGGAUGUACUAUGAAUAGUUAUGUAAAACGGUGACGAGAAGGUUGCUAGUGUGUUUUCGGUUGUGCUAUGGAGGAGUGGCUGUGGACGUACAUGUAUGUGGAGAUAACUAAAAAAGCUGUAUAUUAAAUCUUGAAUCUCA